AUGCCUCGAACAAGGAAGGACGAAUUUCGAAAGCCACCAAGGACUGCUAGAGUGGAGAAGAGCACUGAGGCUGGAUCCGAAUGCAACACAUCUCGAGCGACUGUCGCGCCUCAAUCCAAACUGAGAAGGCAAUCCGGCUCCGGGACCGAUCACAUUCCGGCCAAACUCUUACGAGCUGGAGGACAGGACAUCGCCUACACAAGAUACUUGCAGUCUAACGUCUCACCUUCGGAAAAGCCAGCCAGUGAAGAACCUCCCGAAUCCUUCUUCACAAGAAGGCGAUAG